AUGAGUGCUCAACAACCCCGUCCUCUUCCGCCGGGCAUCCGCGUCAACCAAAUCCAGACACUUCCGCACUUGACCGAUCAGCAGAAGGCCACAUACACCCGCGGCGUCGCAGGCCUAUACGAAGCCUUCCAGAAACAUGACAAAGAUAGCACCGAGUACAAGACGGCCGCCGCCAAGCUGCUGGAGUUUACGAAGAAAAUGGGCAGGGAGAUGAACGAGUGGAAGGCAGCCCAGGCAGCCGGUGCGGGCGACGGACAGCAGGCCCAGCCCGCCCAACAGCAGCAACCCCAAGCCGACAGACCCCAAAGCCAGGGCCAACAGGGCCAGCCCGCACAACCGCCGACCCAGCAAGCCCCAGGACAGGCCAUGCAUCCCACCGGCCAGCAGCCUCUUCCACCUCAAAUCGUACAGCACAUCAACAGCUUCCCGUUCCAGCUGCCGCCCAACAUCCCUGCCGGAUCGCCCGAGGCGGAAGCCAAGUUGAGGGAUGUCAAGAAUCACUAUGCUUCGAUGCUUCACAGGCAGGAACAACUCGCGCAAAACUUAAAGAGGAUAGGAGCUAUGAUAGCCGAACGCCAGAACAGCGGACAGGAGAUUCCGCAGAACUGGAUCGCCCAGAAACCGCAGAUGGAGACGCAGUUUACACAGGUCAAGAGAUCGGUCCAAGAGUUUAGGAAGACCCAGGAGCAGCUCAAGCAGCAGGCGGCCCAACAGAACGCGCAAAAUCAACAGGCCCAGCAGCAGCCGCAGCAACAACAGCAGCCGCAACAACCUCCCCAGCAACAGCAGAAGCCACCGGUUCAGCAGCAACCUGCGGUCCAGCAGACCCCGCAGCCACAGCCGCAGCAGGCUCCCCAGCCGCCAGCUGCACAGCAUAUAAAGUCCGAGACUCCCGUGGCCCCUCCCACGCCGGUUCAAUCGCAGCAGCCAAUGCCGAUGGGUGGCCAGGCCGGCCAUGCGCCACAGCAGCCACAGCAGGCCGGGCAGGUUGGGAACAACCAGUCCAUUGCCACCAACCCGGCAGUGCAAGCGGCCCGGCAGCAACAGUCACCGAUGAGCCCGGGGGUUCCGGGGUCGCAGCAGCCAGGCCAACCUGCUUUCAGCGGACAGAUGCAACCGCAAGGCGCGCAAACGCCGCAACAACAACAACCCAUGAACCCGCAGCGACCUCCACUCAACCCACAACAAGCGUCGCAGAUGAACCAGAUGCAACAAUCGCCUCACCCACCAAGCGCCAACCCCAACGGACCCAUUCCCUUGACGCACGGCCAGGCCAUGGCAACCGCCGCGCGCACGUAUUCCGAAAGCCGCGGCACGCCGCAGAUUCCAGCAGCUCAGGGCUACCAGCCCAUCGGCAACCGUACUGAUCAGAUCGCCAACCCCAAAAUGCCGAUUCCCAAGACACUCAAUGCGCCGCCACCUCACCCGGUCAACAUGGGACCGGCCAGACCCACUCUCGGAGGACCUAGCAACGGCGCGCCCGGUAUGAUGGGACAACCCGUCAUGGCGACACACCCGCAGUAUCACUUGGAAGGCGACGAGAACCGAGUGCUGAGCAAGAAGAAGCUCGAUGAGUUGGUGAGGCAGGUGACGGGCGUGGGUGAGCCUACGGGUGAAGCACUGUCGCCCGAGGUCGAGGAGGCGAUGCUCCAGCUGGCGGACGAUUUCCUGGACAAUGUCGUGUCGUCGGCGUGCAAGCUCGCCAAGCUGCGCGAGUCGUCGCAACUGGAAAUCCGCGACAUCCAGAACAUCCUGGAGCGCAACUACAACAUCCGCAUCCCGGGCUACGCAUCCGACGAGAUUCGCACGGUUCGCAAGUUCCAACCGGCGCCAGGCUGGACCCAGAAGAUGAAUGCCGUGCAAGCCGCGAAGGUCAUGGGUGGGAAGACGGAUUAG